GUCGAGGGGCAGUGCGUGGUUUCAGGCUGGGACAUCUGUCGCUUGUGAGUACCCCCCCUCCCCCUCUUUUUUCCUCCUCUAGGCCGGGUCUCUCGGCUACUGAAUGGAGCCAGUGACCUGUCAGUCCUGACUGAUGGGGACCCCGUGUGUGGGAAAGUCCCACGGCCGCAGAGCCGGGCGCAUUCACAUGCUAAUUGCGCGCCGAUAAAAAGGGGGCCGAUCCGCGCCGAGGGCCCUAGAGAGACGCGCCGAGAGCUCCGGGUGGAGAGGAGGCGAAAAAAAGCGCGCACGGACACCCGGAGGCAGUGACAUACAGAGAGCCAUGACGGCUUCGUCCGUGGCGCACGGCGUGGGGAGACGCCCCGGUGCCAAGGAGGAGAGGAAGGUAAUUCACACUCGGAAGCCGCUCAUUGAGAAGGAAAACGACGCGAGAGAGAUAAACAGCUGUUUGGAUCAGCUGAAGGACACCGUGAUCGGAGCGUUCAGACUCGAUCAAUCCAAACUGGAAAAAGCCGACAUUCUGGAGAUGACAGUGAAGCACCUGCAGAACAUCCAGAGCAUUGAACUCAAUGAACCCACAUUAGGCCUGGAGGUCCAGCAGAAAUACAGCACGGGGUACAUCCAGUGCGUGCACCAAGUGCACAACAUGCUCCUCACCUGCGACUGGAUGGACAAGAACCUGGGUUCCCGCCUGCUCAACCACCUGCUCAAGUCCCUGCCCAGGGCCACGGACGAGCGCCCCCUCCGGGCCUCGGCCGGGCGUGACGCCCCUCACCCCGGCACACCCCUCGGGGGAGGCCCCCUCGCUGGGAGGCAGCCCCAGAGGGAGGGUCCGACCUGUAAUGUGGCCGCAGGCCAGGAGAGGCCAGCGCUCCGCGGCUGCCGCCUGGGGAGGCUGGAGAUGUGGAGGCCCUGGUGAACUUGUUGGGUUAUGUUGUUGUUGUUGUUGUUGUUGCUAGGCCAUCCUCUGCUAUGUAUCUUAUAGAUAUGCUGCUCAGAAGACAAACCGCGGGGCAGUUCUGUUCCAGUGAAUAUUAUUGUGUGCUUUAAUGAUUCUCUACAGACCUUUUCUCAGUACUUCCCUUCAGAAGUUGACUUCUCGUAGCCUGCAUUGUAGAAGGCUCUUAUUAAUCUUUCUUGUAUUUAUUGUAUUAACAGCUUUAUUUAUUUUAAACCAUAAAGCAAGAAUUUUGCUACUUAGACCUGCACUUGGCAUAGAUGUUUAUGUCUUCCUCCUUUGCUGUUAACCUAUUAAUAAUAAUAAUAAAACUGAUUUUAUAUGAGAUGUCA